UUCAGGUCGAUGGUACGGUAUUGAACAAGUAAAGAGUUCAAGAAGAAACAUGACAAUGGUGUGAAACGGAAAGCAGAUAUGGGCCAUCGUGGAGGCCACCGCCAAGGCAGCCUCUCCCUCGCCGGUCAUAUUCAAAAGGAGAGAAGGGAGACAAAGGUGGAGCCUAGCUUUUUUACAGUUUGGAAGAGGACACGCACUCUCGACGAGCCGGACCCCGAUCGUAAGGGGUCGAUGUGGGUGAGUGAUGGAUCUGAGCUCCGGUAUACGGAGUACUGCAAGAAGUUGGGGGAGAUGCUUCGCACAGACGUGGACCCUCUCAGUGUUCCCUUUGACCCCGAGGUUGCCGUGCUAGCGGGACAGGGCAAGAGGAAUGGUCGCUUAUGGAUUGGUGAUGGUUGCAUCCAUCCCGCGACCAUUCCAUCUAUCCGCCAGCUCCGUCGUGGCAGGACGAGCUCCGAUCCUCAAAUAGAGACCCACCCCACGCCUUCGAGUGUAGCUAUGCAAAGAAUCCAGGCUCAGGUGGAGGAGCAGAACAAACUGCGAGAGGAGGCAGAGGCAAGAGUCCAGCGAAUGGAGGAGCAGAUGAUGCUGCAUCAACAACAACUGGCACAACAACAGAAGACGAUGGACCGGCUGGCGUGA